CCAAAGCUUAUCAUUUGUGAGCAUACUCCUCACAAGGUGGUGGUAAGACAUUCAAAAUAUCAGAAGUGCAGCUGUUGAAUUAUGUUAUUAUGGUCUGAGUGUUACUAGCCUAUUCAUUCCAGAGAGCUGGCCUGUUUGUCAAUCUUUGGUUGCAGUAGCUUACAUCAUCUAUAAAUCGUCAUCGCAUCACAUUAUCUUCAAGGAUGCUACUACGAAAGUGACUGAACUUUGGGAAUUAACAACAGGAGAGGAGAGAGGGGGAGUGGUAGGGGAGUCUGCUUGUCUAGGUGGAGGGGAUUUGAAAGGGAGGUAGGCUGCUAGGUAGGCUGCUUCGAAAUUGAACACGACUUUGCUAUAGGCUAUUUGAACUACACUUAUUUCACUGAGAGACCAAGUGUCCUGGCUUUCUAGAUUUUCUUUGGUGUUUUCUGGAAAGACAAGUAUAUAUGGUAUAUAUGUGGGAACACCUCAAAGAUGUCGUCUCAUCACAAGAAGGAGCACAUCCCAAAACAUGUAUUUGUGUAUAACCACGAUGUAGCUGAACUUCCUAUGCUAAAGAAGCAGGAGAAAACAACAGAUCACAGUCACCUCUAGACAAGAAAACAAAACCCUCUCAAAUUCAGUCCAUCGAAGUAGACCCACCACAGCUAACUCUAAACCAGGCAUGGAGACAGAUGAGGUGACAUACUCUGACAUCACCAUCAUCAAAACAGAAAAUGCCAACCAGAACGGAAACCACAGUGAUGAAGAGGGAGCAAAUGUCAUCUACUCGCAAGUCAAUGUGCUGAAAAAUGUCCCAGCGAAUGAUCUGGACCCUGCAUCUGACUCUGGUGACUUUUCUGAGCCGGCCAAACACGAUCCUUCUAACUCCUCAGCAAAGUCAUAUUCAGAGAAAGAGAGCCCUGCAUGCACAUCUCCUAGAAGCACAGCACUGCUACUGUCUAUUUGUGUUGUCCUGUUGGCCGUUGCUGUUACAAUGGGAGGACUCUAUAUUAUGAAAGAGGAGAAGUACUCAGGUGUUAAAGAGCAGUUAGACACACUGAGGAUGGAGCACACUAAUGUGACUUUGGCUUUGAAUGCUACUCAGGCUGACAUGUCAGAAACUGAAAGGAUGUUAGCUGAUCAGAAAAACAAAAAUGAUAAUCUCACCAAGGAAAUCACAAAACUAACAACUGAGCUUCAAGGAGUGAGGAGGUGUGCAGAGGACUGGGAGUACCACGAUGGAUCAUUUUACCACUUCUCCUCUGAUAAGAAGAACUGGACAGAUAGCAAAGAUGCCUGUGUGACCAUGGGGGGACACCUGGUCAUCAUAAACAGUGCAACAGAAAUGGAUUUCCUGUGGAACAAGGUACAGGGAACGGAUAAUUGGAUUGGUCUAACUCAGGUUCAGCCAGAGGGCAGCUGGCAUUGGGUGGACAACACACUCCUCACAAACCCAAAGUUGAUUUUGGGGUAUAAACCAGCCAGAUGACAGCAAAGGAACAGAUCCAGUAAAUGGAGAAGACUGUGUCAUGAUUACUCAUUGGAAAAAAACGUGGAAUGAUUUAACCUGUGGUAAAUC